UUCCGGGGCCGCCCCAGGCAGCGCUGCGCGUUCCCGCAGGAGAAGCGCGUCGCCCGCUACCCCUUCCAGUGGACCCUGAUGGAGCGAGACAGGCGGAUCUCGGGUGUCAACAAGUACUACGUCUCCAAGGGUCUGGAGAACAUUGACUAA